UUACGUCAGUGGCGCGUAAAAGUUGUGUUGACAGAGGCGAGCAGCAUUUGUCGCCGAACAGCCGCAGUCGCUGCCGAAUGGAGUAAAAAAAACCCCAGCGCGAUAAUUCAGCCAACGCCUUGGGGAAAGAAAACAAGAAAAACUAACCCCUGCUUGAACGUCCCGACGAACGACGUUAUGGCCGACGAGCAGUCCUCGCAGUCCUGGACCAUCGACCGGGACGACUACGUCCUCAACGAGGUGAUCGGCAGUGGAGCCACGGCGGUGGUCCAAGCAGCCUACUGCAAGCCCAGGAAGGAGAAGGUGGCCAUAAAACGCAUCAACCUUGAAAAAUGUCAGACUAGCAUGGAUGAGCUGCUGAAGGAGAUUCAAGCGAUGAGCCAGUGCCACCACCCUAACAUCGUCUCCUACUACACCUCCUUUGUGGUAAAGGAUGAACUGUGGCUGGUCAUGAAGCUGCUCAGCGGUGGCUCAGUCUUAGACAUCAUCAAACACAUCAUCUCACGUGGCGAGCACAAGUCCGGCGUUUUGGACGAGGCCUGCAUUGCCACCAUAUUGAAGGAAGUGUUGGAAGGGCUGGAGUACCUUCACAAAAAUGGACAAAUUCACCGUGAUCUAAAGGCUGGAAAUAUCCUUCUUGGGAAUGAUGGCUCAGUUCAAAUUGCUGAUUUUGGUGUGAGUGCCUUUCUAGCGGCCGGUGGAGAUAUGACCAGGAAUAAAGUCCGGAAGACGUUUGUGGGGACGCCGUGCUGGAUGGCUCCUGAGGUCAUGGAACAGGUCCGUGGCUACGACUUUAAAGCUGACAUCUGGAGUUUUGGGAUCACCGCCAUUGAGCUGGCCACCGGAGCGGCACCCUAUCACAAGUACCCACCAAUGAAGGUGCUGAUGCUGACUCUGCAGAACGACCCUCCCAGUCUGGAGACGGGCAUCACAGAUAAGGAGAUGGUGAAGAAGUAUGGCAAAUCCUUCAGGAAGAUGAUUACUCAGUGUUUACAAAAGGACCCUGAAAAAAGGCCUACAGCAGCUGAGUUACUGAAGCACAAAUUCUUCACAAAAGCUAAGAACAAUGAGCACCUGCAGGAGAGGCUUUUACAUAAAGGUCCAUCAAUAUCAGAUCGAUCAAAGAAGGUGAGACGGGUGCCAGGGUCCAGCGGCCGACUCCACAAGACAGAGGAUGGCGGCUGGGAGUGGAGUGAUGACGAGCUGGAUGAGGAGAGCGAAGAAGGCAAAGCUGCUGUGGCGGCCCUGCGGUCGCCCAGAGUGAGGGACGGAUCCCAGACUAUGGAGAUUUUCCAGCCACCAGAUGGCUCCACAGGACACCUUCAGCCGCCGGCUGCAGUCAAUGAGAACUUUGCUCCAGUGGGACAAAGUGGUGAAGGCGUUCAAACUCAAGUCCCUGCUCCAGCGCAGACAGUGAGCCCCUCACAUGUACCCGCAACUCAGGAGCCCAAUAUAUCUGACGCCAGCGUUCCCAUCAGCCUGGUCCUCAGGUUGAGGAAUCUCAAGAAGGAACUUAAUGACAUUAGGUUUGAGUUCAUGUCCGGCAGAGAUUCUGCCGACGGAGUGUCUCAGGAGUUAGUUUCAGCUGGCUUGGUUGAUGGGAGAGAUUUAGUUAUUGUUGCUGCCAAUCUGCAAAAGAUUGUGGACGAUCCUCUCAAUAACAGAAAUGUCACUUUUAAGCUGGCAUCUGGUGUGGAGGAGUCCGAAAUUCCCGACGACAUUAAACUCAUCGGAUUCGCGCAGCUCAGCAUCAGCUAAGUGAAAGGGGAGCGCGGCAAAAAGACAGCAUCUACUGGCAAUGCGCAGCCGCAUUCUAGUAAAUUUCUAUGACGCCACUGCUGCCAAAGAGGACGACGACGAGACGUGAAGCUGGCAAGGGACGUGACACUUCAGCAAAGAUGCGCGAGGACCACACGGAGAGGAGGGCUCAGUACAUCACAGGAACACACUUGAAACGUUUACAGUGCGCUUAUUCAUGGGAGAGGACAUGCGAUCAAUUAUAUCAAGUCAUAUUCCCCAAUCCUCCCCCGCCCUGUCUUCAUUCAUAAGCACAACCCAAAAACGUCUCCUGCCAGUACUGGAAAUGAUGCCUUCCCAACGGCCGCCUCCUCGUGUUUGUUUUUUUUAAUUUCGUACUCAAACUGUGCCACAACAGUCGAGACAAAGUCGUGCCACCUUAAAAAAUGACACUUUAUGCUACACUGAAUUUGACCAGUGAAAAUGAAGCCUUAGUUAAUACAAUUGCCUCUUAUUUAAAAAAAACAACAACAACCAGAAUACUUGUUAUUGGCGGAAAUAUUUGCAUGCAUUGCUCACAUGUUCGAAAAAAUAUUAUAAAGAGAAAAUGGAAAAUGUAAUCCACCCCAUUUUUGAAGAGCUGAAGCGGAAUAUCGUCCCUUAUAGUCCAAACACAACCAAAGAGAUCAGGCUGUGACUAAACCGUUUCAAACACACAAACCCUCUGCAGCUGCUCUGGCUUACAAUUACAAUUAGUCCAUCAGAAGUAUUCUAGUAGCCUGGCCUGAUAUUUUUAUCCUAUGCAAUAGUUCUCGCUGUUGGCUACUAGCACCUAUUCUUGGCUGAAUUCAAUGUGUCUGUACCGCAAUAUUUCAAGGAGCAAGGUAGCGCCACAAUUGAAUACUUCGAUACGCAUCCUGGCAACACGAAUGAUUGACAGACCUACGUUUGCUUCUGUAGGGGUUUUUUUUUUUUGUAAAGUAGUAACCUUGCAUGUUUAUUUCAUUGCUCUUAACAGCUUUUUUUGGGGGAAAUCCUAAAUAGAGCUCUGGAGCGUUGAGUCCACGCUGGUUUGGUUUCGAAGGCUGCCGGGGUUUGAAGGUGUGUGUAAGCCCACGUUGAAACAUGUUUCACCCAAGUAAACGUUGAUGGAAAGGGGACACUUCACCCAAACAGACGAGAUUUUCCUUUAAUAACCACAAUUUGAUGGUUGAGUUGUCCGUCACAGAUGGUUUUUAUGGUAGUCCAUGAUGCUUUUUCGCUGUUUUUGAACUGGAAAAACUCACAAUCUCAUCAAGUGUAUAUUUUUAAUUUCCAGUCAAACUAAACAAACUUAAUACAAGUCACAAACCCCUGAAUAGUGUUUUUUCAGUCAGACAUACAGUACAGGCCAAAAGUUUGGACCCACCUUGUCAUUCAAUGCGUUUUCUUUUUAUUCAUGACUAUUUACGUUGUAGAUUGUCAGUGAAGGCAUCAAAACUAUGAAUGAACACAUGUGGAGUUAUGUACUUAACAAAAAACACGUUUUAUAUUCUAGUUUCUUCAAAAUAGCC